AUGCAAUCAAUUGAGGACGAACCAAUUGUCGAUGAGGCAGAACUCCAAUUAAAACGCGAUAAAUGCCUUGGAAAAUACAUGACGCUUCUGGAGAAAUUUGAUGAAUCAAUAACAUCUGAGAAACCAUUUGUGGAGAAGUGGACAGGACAUUUCGGAGCAUACGGUAUGCUUGAAUUGGAUGAAUUUGAGAAAGAACUGAUUCAAUAUGAGAAGAUUAUACGGAGAACUGAUGGAAACCCAUUGAUUUUGACAGAGUUACGCAGGCAACUUGUUGAAACUCUCGCUGAAGAGGCGGUGGAGAAGACAAAGGAACUCCAACUGAAACGUGACGACUGUCUCAAACGAUUUAUAAGUUUUAUAGAAAGACUAAAGGAAUCAAAGGCUGAGGAAUCAAUAGUGGAAAAUUAUAGAUUCAAGUUAGCCAGUUACGAUAGCCACCAAUUGGAUACUUGCAAAAAAAUACAUAUUCAAUGGGAGCCGAUUCUGGAGCAUGAAGAAAAUUGGCGUAGAGAUGAGCCAGAACGGCUCAGACAGCUUCAAGAGUAUUAUGCGAAAGCUCAUGAAGAAGCCGAAGAGAAAAGGAGAAACACUUUUCGCUACAAAACUACAGCAGUCUUCAAACGAAUCUUCAAAAAAUAA